AGAAUGCAGCGCAGCACAUUCCUGAAGAAAGAGGAGACAACCAACAUACUAGUUACAGCAUCAGUGCGCCUCUGGAAAGUCAGCUUGUCAGUCACAGCAGCGCGUCCCUUGAACGAUAACGAAGAGGUGACUUUAGGUGAAAAGCCUGACCACGAAGACCGGGGUGAGAAGGUGAUGAAGUGUACUUCGUGAGCUGUAACCGAAAAACUACUGGCUUUUGGAAAGUUUGAGGUGAGGGAGAAAGUGUGGUGAACAAGUAUUAGCACUAACACACAAGGCAGCCAUUUCUGGGAAAAUGCAGGGCCAGAGAGAGAAGACAUUCAUAUUGAUGCUCGUUGCUGCGCUCUCUCACAGGGUGACUCAGGCAAAGGUAAUGGACAUGGUUCCUAAUGCUGUGGAUGACCAGUACACUCACUGUCGGGAGCAGAUGUUGAAGAAGGUUGUGGAAGGGGGUCUGCUGGAAGAAGAACUGAAAGGCAGUUUAGAGUAUAGGGAUGUCUGGGGGGCAAAGCAGUGUACAAAGUUAAUCCCGGGAGGUGUCAAGCAACACACGGAUGCAUUAAUGGCUUAUGGACAUGGGGGAAAUGUGUUCAGAAAGAUGUUCAACCAAGCAGUGGAGACUCAGGGUGGGAAUGUCACUGUCUAUAAUGGCAACUUCCGGUUCAAAUCCCUCCACUUCCUUCUAAUGGAUGCCAUGAGGCUUUUGAAGACAGAGAACUGCCAAACUGUGUUUCGUGGUUCAAGCAAAGAGUAUGAGGCACAAGUAGGGUCAGAAGUGCGAUUUGGGAGGUUUACCACAACCAAGGCCAAACGUUCCGAGGCGGAGGAAUCUGCUUCAGACAAUGGGAUCCUUUUCAAUAUUAUUUCCUGCACUGUAGUCAACAUUGAUGAGUACACUUGCUUCUCAGACAGCAUUGAUCAGCUGAUAUCCCCAGCAGAGGUGUUUAGGGUGGCUGAGGUAAAGAAUGUAAGAAAUAAAGAUCACGAGUACAGAGAGAUCGUUUUGACAAGUUCAAGGACCCACAGCAUUGACAGCAUCCGCGACUGUUACCUCUUCCCCAGAUCUCCUACAAGUACGAGUCUUCCAUCAAUCACCCCCAAAGGCUCCUCUACUCAAUGGCUUGGCAGUAGCCUGUCUGUUCUUGUGGUUGUAUCUCUCUGUAUCUCCCUGAUCACCAGGACUGAUCAUCUCUGAUAAACUAAAGUGUUGAACGCUAAUAGAUGCGGUAAAGAAGUCAAUGGAACGCAGACCGUGGGGGAUAGAAGGACGCACAUUCAACCAAUCUGAUCUAACAAAAUAGAUAUUUGUCAAAUUGUAAUUUUUGAUGUAUUGUAACAUGCCCAUAAUGUGCUUACUAAAGUUUGAUUUGGAUAUAUCUGUCUGUUUUCACAGCAUAACAUUUAGAAGUAGUCCCUUUUCAGGUUUAGAAGUGACUGCUAAAGGCUAACUCCCAUUUGUAUUGACUGGUAGCAUAGCUAGUAUAGAGAAGUCGAUGGUGGAAGUCGUUUUUUUAACUGUAAUGCAGUUUCUUGGUGAUGAUGACAUCAACAUGUAUUCGGGUUGACAUCCAUACCAGCAUUAUUCUCCGAUUUUUACCUCAACAUGGUGUGAAACACACAUAAACAAUAGCCUAAAUGUAGGCUAAUUUUGCUGGUGGCCAGUGAAAUUCUGGAUCUUUCCCCCCACAACAUCUUUCCCCCAUUUUUUUAUUUUACCUUUAUUUAACCAGGCAAGUCAGUUAAGAACAAAUUCUUAUUUUCAACGACGGCCUGGGAACAGUGGGUUAACUGCCUGUUCAGGGGCAGAAUGACAGAUUUGUACCUUGUCAGCUCGGGGGUUGCGAUGCGAUGUGCUUCCAUGGCAUUUCCAUUGUUUUGGUUGAGAUCCAAUGACCUCUUCACUGCUUCUAUUGAAAAGGACAAACACACACACACACAAUUGCAUGUAUGUAAUAUCAGUGCACACAGACACAGAUAUUCAUCAAAUGUGACAAAGCGCCAACCUUUCAAACCCCUCUUAGCAUAAUGAUAUUCUCUUGAAAAAUGUAUUUCUUUGCAUUUGAUUGUUUUUGUAAAACAAAAUGAUCAUGGUACGUUUUAAACAAUGUGCUAUGCAUUUAGCAAAAAUGUUGGUAUCACAACAAUUGACUGGGUGGUGUCCAGUUUUCAUAGAUGUAAUUUAAUUUUUCCAUUUGUUUUGUUAUCGAAUAAAGAAACAAGUUGAGCAUU